CGUGGCCGCCAGGCCAGCACGCAUGCGCGGAGCGGGGCGCCAGGCACUUCUGCCGGGUCCCCGGGGGCGCGGGGCUGUAGGUCUUCCCGGGGCUCAUCGCGAUUCUCGUGCGGUAGACGUUUCUCGGGACCUGCCCUUGGACUCUGUUUCGAAGCUUCCGGUCGGUCUGGCCGGGUCCUGGAUUUUGCACUGAGGGAAUGAAGGAUGGCAGCACGCCGUGCAUUAAAAGCUGUUUUGGUGGAUCUCAGUGGCACACUUCACAUUGAAGAUGCAGCUGUGCCAGGCGCACAGGAAGCUCUUAAAAGGUUACGCAGUGCUUCUGUCAUGGUUAGGUUUGUGACCAAUACAACCAAAGAGAGCAAGCAAGACCUGUUGGAUAGGUUGAAAAAACUGGAGUUUGAUAUCUCUGAAGACGAAAUAUUCACGUCGCUGACUGCAGCCAGAAAUUUGGUAGAGCAGAAACAGGUUCGACCCAUGCUGCUAGUGGACGAUCGGGCGCUCCCUGAUUUCAAAGGAAUACAAACAAGUGAUCCUAACGCUGUGGUCAUAGGAUUGGCACCAGAGCAUUUUCAUUAUCAAAUUCUCAAUCAAGCAUUCCGCUUACUCCUGGACGGGGCAGCUCUGAUAGCAAUCCACAAAGCCAGGUAUUACAAGAGGAAAGACGGCCUCGCCCUGGGGCCUGGACCAUUCGUGACAGCUCUGGAGUAUGCCACAGAUACCAAAGCCACAGUCGUGGGGAAACCAGAGAAAACCUUCUUUUUAGAAGCAUUGCGGGGCACUGGCUGUGAACCUGAGGAGGCCGUCAUGAUAGGAGAUGAUUGCAGGGAUGAUGUUGGCGGAGCUCAGAAUGUCGGCAUGCUGGGUAUCUUAGUAAAAACUGGGAAAUACCGAGCAGCAGAUGAAGAAAAAAUUAAUCCGCCUCCUUACUUAACUUGCGAGAGCUUCCCUCAUGCUGUGGACCACAUUCUGCAGCAUCUCCUGUGAUCCUUUAUGUGACUCAGAAGCAACCUGAGAUGCAGCUUUUCAUUGUCUGGAGUGAAUCCCUCCCCGUCUCCACACCAGCGUAGAUAGACCCGGACCAGCGCUCCUCUAUUGUGCAUGAAUUAGAAAGAAAGGUAUCAAAUUGCAGCCAGCCACUACACCUUGCUUAUCCCUUUUGUUUUAUUUUGUAAAAGAAGAUGAGACCCAGAGAAAGGGAAAGCUGAGAUUUUAUGCCAUUCCUUUAAAAUAUUCAUCAGGUUCGGCAGGGCUGGGAGGGAGGACCUCCUGCGGGGAGUCGCCUUCUCUUCUGCCUCCUCACUGGUCCGUUGGGAGGGGGGAGUGUUCCAGUUGUGAAUAAAACUGAAUGGCAUUUUUUAAAUUAUAAAAUAAUGUGUUGAAAAGAGCAUUCCGGCUGCAGUUUUAAUAUUGAGUUCAACUGUGAAAUCCAUAAGUGCCAAGUGGAGUACAAGUCAGAAGCAGCAAAAUAAAUUGUCCUUUGGCCCAAGUGAUCAAGCGAAUUUGCCUUAACGGAUGUUGAAAACCAGAUUAUCUACUGUAUUAUUCCCAGCACGGGUGACUUCUUUUUCUCUUCAUUAGCCAGAGAUGACUAAUUUAAAUUUAGAACCUGAUUUUAAUUUAAAAUAAUAUUUCCAUUAAUAACCUAUUCAUUGCAGAUACCUAUUAUACUGUGUAACAGUUGUUUUGGAAAUUUUAUGUAAAAUUAAAACUAUCAGUAUUUUACAGAUGUUUUAAUUAGACAUUGUUAUUAACAGGAACAGUGCAGAAACUAAAAUCAAGCCUUUAAUGUCUUAUAGACCAUGCAUUUUUGAAGUUAGUGUCCACCGGGGUCCUAUUAACUGUACAUUUGCAAGAUUUCAUUAUUUUUGCCUCUGACACUAUGGGAAAAAUCUUUUAGAAGCUAUUGGGACAGAUUCAAGCUUUUAUGUACUUGGUUACUACAGCUGUAAAAUGAAAUCUCGUCUUGUAGCAUGGAUUAUUCUUCUCAUGCUAAACCCACCAAAAUGAAGGGGCCUAAGCAGGUAAUGAUUUUCCUAGUGCAUUUGCAUACUGUGAUCAUCCUGGGCCUUUGCAGUUGUUUUACAGGGCUCUUGGGCAUUGAAUUAUUAGCAUGUAAUUGUACAUCAUUGUGCUGUUCACCUUAUUGAGGCCCACGCUGACGUUAAUGAGCUUCGGGCUUUGAUGCUUGUUUAGAGAUCAGCUUGGUCUUGGGUGGCAGGGAGCAAAGCUAAAUAAAUGGGAGCUCCCUCUC